CACAGAAACUAAAGCAGAGCCAACAAAAGAUGAGCAAUCAAGCACACUUCUUGAAUCUACCAUCCCACCUAAUCAAUGAUAUCCUGUCCAGAUUACCGACCAAGACUAUCAUCCAAUGCAAGUCUGUCUGCAAAUCAUGGCUGAGUCUACUCUCUCAAUCUGAAUUCACUAAUUUACACCUGCAAAGAUCUCCUCCUUGCCUGAUCAUAAACAAAUUCGGUUGCCAUCCUUCAGAGUUGACUUGCUUCGGUUUAGUUGAAUAUGAAGAUGAGCCUGAUCACCAUGGUUUUCGAUAUGUUGCGGGAACAACAAUCAAGCCCCCAGAAGGGUGUAUUGAAAGUGGUUUGAGUGUCACCAUGGUUGGCUCAAUCAAUGGCUUAAUCUGCUUAACAGAAUCCUACCAUAAACAUGAUGCUGUUAACUUGUGGAAUCCAAUCAUGCGAGAAUCCAUCACUCUUCCGGUGCCUGAGGGGGGACGAUCGUAUGCAAGUACGGUAAGUUAUGGGUUUGGAUUAAGCUCUGAAUCUAGAAAAUACAAGGUGGUUAGGAUUUUCGUAGAGCUAGAUAAGAAUACACGAUGGAGAUUAAAGUCCAAUUGCUAUGUUUAUACACUUGGGGAAGAGACAGAAUUGUGGAGAAGAAUUGAGCAGGCUCCGUUUCUGUACAAUUAUGGCACAUAUGGUGUAUUUCUGAACGGUAAUCUUCACUGGCUGACUGAUGAUCAAGAUAGCUCUGAAUUGAUAUCCUGUUUUAAUCUUGAAACAGAGUUGUUUUCACCUUUCCCUGCUCCUCCUGAACUCAGAAAAAAUUUCAAUCUUGCUAGUUUGGGAGUUUCUGGAGGCUGUCUAAGAUUGUACGACAACAAUUCUGAUGAUGAAAUUGUCAUUUGGGUGAUGAAAGAGUAUGGAAUCAAGAAGCUCUGGACUAAAGAAUUUGUUAUACAAAAGGAGCCUGUGCAUCUCAUUGACCCAUCUUAUGAACUUGUUCGCGUUCUUAAAGUCUUCAAGGAUGGCGAUAUCUUGCUCUUGUGGAGGGAUGAGUUUUUUCUUUCUUAUGAUUGUUGGAGGCAAAUCUUGCAUCAAUCUGGCGUUGAUAAUGAUAAACUCAUCAAGAAAGCUGAUGAUCAGAUGAAUGAAGAUGGCUAUGCUGAAAAGAGCUACCCUUGCAUCGAUGUCAUGGACUAUGUCCCAAGCUUUCUUUCCCUCAAGAACUUUGGGAUCCAGAUGGUGGAAAGCACAAACUAGAAUCUUGAUAUAUCAACUUCUUGGCAAGACAAGCAGUUGGCGAGUCUUUUUUUAUUUGUGAAAUGGCUAAGUUAGUGAGUCCUAAAUGAUGGUCAG